ACAGUGCACAGAUGGUCUCCUCUCCACGGCCAGAAUAAAUUAAAAAAAAAAAAAAAUAACAGUGCACAGAAUCAGCUGAUUCAUUCUUGUUUACCUGCCGGUUAUCUUGUUUUAAUUUACCGAUUUGCUAUAAUUAAUUAAAUACUUGUUAAAAUGUCGGAAAACGUAGAAUCAUUUACUACUCGCAUGAGGAAAGCAACAAGGAAAAUACAUUCGGUCAGUGACGCAUUAGUGAAUGCAAAGUUUGCCAUCUCACUUCGUGAUGAAACUGUGUGGGGAGGAGGUCUGUUUGUCUUCUACCACAUUUUCGCAUAUCUAGAAGAUGCUAAGGAAAGAUUAAAUAUGCCCGAUUACAAUAAGCUGUUUGUCCAGAAAUGCUUACAUAGAAAAAGUGCAUUUGAAGAAGAUCUUCUUCACUAUCUUGGAGAGAACUGGCAGUCGCUUCCCAAAUCGACUGCUCUGGAAAACUAUUUGGAACAUCUACAGGGGCUGGAGAAGGAGAAUCCAACAUUACUGAUGGCCUAUGUGUAUCAUUUGUACCUGGGUUUGCUCAGCGGUGGCCAGAUCCUUGCCAAGAAAAGGAAGAUGUUUGGAAACAAAAAAGAAAAUUCAGACAGUUACACUGAUAAGGUGACAGAUUUUGGAGAUGCUGACAUAAGCAAGCUUAAGAACGAUUUCAGAGCUGUUAUGAACGAGAUAGCAGAAACAAUGUCUGAUGAGGAAAAGCAGGCUUUCAUUGAAGAAAGUAAUCAAGUAUUCCUUAUGAAUAAUCUAAUAGUCAAUUCAGUAGCUGGUCAAAAUCAAGUAAUUUACAAUAUGCUAUAUAAGAUGUCCGCUGUUGUGCUUGUCAUAGUUGGAGUAGCUGUGGCUUUUAAAAUUCAUAAGUAAAAUUUCUUGUUAAGUGUGAAAAUAGUUUAGUAAGUGAUAAUGUAUGAUUAGAUUGUUGAUUCUGAUUUGAAAUAUUUUAAUUAUAUUAUGUUAUGAAGACUGAUAAUUAUUUUGAAUAGUGUUAUUAUAGAAUAUGGGUGUUUGAUUAAAUAAAGAAGUACAAUACUGUCUAUAAAAAUAAUUUUAUUACAAUUUAUUAAGAAAAAUGAUUUGCUUUACAUUAUUUCAUAAAUAAUUACACUUAAAAAAGAACAUGCUAUACAAUUAUACAGUGUGCUUGUAAUAUAUCUAGUCUAUACGAGUCUUGUACCUAUUUGAAUAUGCUAAUUAACAUUAAAAUGGCCCUUGAUACUCAUGUAUUAAUCAGAUGAAUUAAUUACAAUUUUGGACUUAUGUAAGUACUAAUCGUCAUUUUCAAUAUUGAACAAUCUUAAUACCUAAGAAUGUGGUUGAAUAAUGGAUAUUAUCAGCUCAGUGAUGGUAUUGUGGGUGGAUCCAUGGCUAUGUCUAUGAGCUCGUCAAUGUCGUCGGCAUUCCAGAACGAGAGCUCCGACUGGAAAAUAAUAUAAUAUUAUUUAUAAACUAAAAAAAUAUUAUAACUAAAUAAAUUGAUAUUUUCAACACUCAACCAAUUAGCCUAGCCCCAAAGUUUUUCUGAAUAAAAUUUUAAUAUCAUGAUUUUCCUUUCAUUUAAAAUGUUAAAAUUUUAUUUAGGAAAAAAUAAUCCUUAUGGUAAACCCUUUCGAUAGUUAUCUAGACACGCGGCAGCGUGUCAAGCCAAGUUCAAGCAAAGGAACUGGCUAGCCAGCGCCGAGUGUAAUAUUACACGAACCACUUGGUGGCACUGUUGACCCUUCUAUAACCCAAAACCUCUUUAACGCAAACACAUAAAACUGUUUAAUUAUAUCCAUAACGACAUCUAGAAGCUCAAAUUUCAUGAAGCUAGCUCAAACGGUUAUAAAGAUAUGAAGGUCAAAAUGUCGUAAAUUUUAGCACUGACUGACAAAUAAACUCUAUAUAUAUAUUUUUAAUUCUGAUAAAAACUGGCCAAUCUAAUUUACUUUAAGAUCUCACAUUUUUAAAUAACAGCAAUUGUUAUAGGUGUUUAGUAGUUUAUAAAAAAGUAAACUGUCAAUAAAGUUAUGUCAGCCUACGUUAGAUGUUUCAUUACCUAGUAUAGUGUGUUGUGUGAACAUUUGGUCCUUCGAGCCGGAUUUGAAUAAGUGACGAUAAAACAAAUACUUGGAUAAUGUAAGUCGUAAAUAUUAUAUAGGUUUCAAGAAAUAUACAUUAUAAAAGGGAAAAUAUUCAUCGUAAAAUACGGAUAAUUAUUUGACAGUUGGCAAAGGGUUUAACGGAAAAUUAUUUUGAAUAUACUCUCUCUUUUCUCUAUUAUUCAAAGAGUAUAACGGAAAAUUAUUUGAAAAUUUAUACUCUUCCCUUACCUACUCGCUUUUAUUCAUACCAUGGAUAUAAGAAAAAAUCUAAAUUGAAUAAAGAGUAAUAUUUUAUUGUGUCAAGUAGCUGCAAGAAAAAUGUCUUUACAAGAAAUAAUUAUUACGCAAAAUGAAUUAUGGUGGAACGGCCCAGAAGCUUGGUGGUUAUUCUUUCUUUUCUUAAAAGGAUCCUUUUUCAUAUCUUGUAACUCUUCAUAGUCGUCCAUAAAACCUCUAUAACGCUUGUGUAAAUUCUCUUUCCUCUGAUGACUUUGUUCAGUUUGCCACAAACGUUUGACAGCAAGAGACUUUGAUACUCCGACCGGUGUGCCAUUACACUUUGAAAUAUAACGCCCCCAGCCAGUACGACAAUGUGUCCUUUCAGGUUUCUCCUCACACUCUGUUUCACGUGCAGUCUUUUUACGAUGCGCGGCGCAGGUAUA